AAUACAAACAAGAGAAACUCCACAACCGAGACCGUUACGUAUAUAUUUAUAGAUUAUAAUGCCACAGUGCGAGUGCGAGUCAGUACAGUACAGUAGUGUUCGCUGUUCUGUUAGCGGCUGGAUUGUUUGACACCGCUCGUAACAUGUUUUAAUAAAUCAUUCAUUAUGUUCUGCGGCUAUGAAUAAUCAUCGAUUGGUGUAUUUCGAUUCUCUCAACGUUCAUGGAUUGACAGUGAAUUAAUGUGUUAUUUUUUUUAAGUGAUAUCGACAUCGCCGAUCACAUACGAAUUGGGAUAGAUUCUAUAAAUACUGAUAGUUUACACACUAGCCGUGUCCUGGAAAAAUGUGAAGAUGUCCUAAGCUACAUUUUUUCAAUUUAAAAAUAAAAACCUAAAUUAACCCUCAGCGGUUUGUUAGAAAUCAAACAAAUGUUCGGUGUUAUCAACAAACUGAUGUAUUUGUGUCAGCGAUUUUUCUUCGCAAUGCCUUCCGAUAUUCAAGAAUUUGAACUAACCAGCGCGAGCGAGUUCAGGUGUCAAAAAGGUCCAAUAAGGAAAGGAAAUAAAGAGAAAGAGAAAAAGAUUAAAACUGCUAACAACCGCCCUACAAAUACCAUGCCCGACGGUUUAAACCAAGACCAAAAGCAGGCAUUUCAGUUGCGUGAUUUUAUCGUGAAUACCAACAAACCGAUGUUGGAGGAAGGCAAAAAGCCAGAUCUGCCGGUCUCCGUUCUCGCGGCGCACUUGCCGUAUAUAGACGACGAAGUGGUGGACUCUGACGAGCCAGUGGCGGAGUCCGAUGAGGAUCAACCGGCGUCCCAGGAGGCGGAGGAGGUACUUAAUAACGCCGCGAGUCGGCUGCGGCGCUGGCGAGCGGCUUCUCAGAAGCUGCGCCGGCCGCGGAUUAUAAACAACCUGAGCGGCACUCAGCAAGGGGGAAAUGCUACAAAGAAUGCGCUGGGCGUGCACACCGACCUGGCGGACCGGCUGCGCAGCCUGGCGGCGGCUGGUAGCGUGUCGGCAUCGGCUGGGGAACUGCUAUCGUUGGCACCGCCCAUUGCUGCCACCGCGCCGCCAUCUCCCGGCUGCCUGCUCUCCCCCACGCUGGCGGACCAGACAUCAGCAGAAUAUUUCGGUUCAAGCCCGGAAUGCUGCGCUGACACUUCUAAUUUCGAAAUUUCGUCCGCGGGUGUACCGGUGCCGCCUCCCGGGCCGCGCUACAAGCUGGCCGCUGAAGGCACGCUGAGGGUCUGCUCCUUCCAGCACACCAGGACUGUUGUCGACAAGAUCCUCGCCGCUAAGUUCCUACGCCGAUGGGAGUCGCACAUGCUGCAUUUGCUAGAAGAACAUCUGAUCUCUAAGACGCCGGCGGGCCUGCUGGAACGACCGCUGUCAUACAGCUGCAUGCAGGAGGUGUACUGCAUCUCGCGCUGGGACCCCGCCAGGAAGUACUGCCUUCGGAUCGUAGUACCGCACGGCUCGCUGCUCCUUCAAGCCAAUGACGCGUAUACGCGAGACCAGUGGUAUUAUUCUAUCAUAUGGAAAAGAAACAUGAUAAGGUAUCGCAAUUUUCUAACGAAAACAGCGAGGAAGGAAGUCGUUUUGAAAGAGCUCAAGAACAUGGUGGACUUUGCAAUGACAACUCCACUCCAAGAUGAAAGUGUGACGCGUGUCCCUUUGCAGAUUCUGACCGCUUUGCUGUCCGAGAAUAAGGACGACCCUGAUUGGGAGGAGUGGGCGGAGAAGGUGACUAGUACCGCGGCCCCGAUGCUGGCGGAGCGCGGGGUGACGGGCGAGCUGUGCGCGCUGCUGUCCCGGCUGUGCCGCCGGCGGCCGCGCGCCGCACCGCUGCCCGCGCUCGCGCCGCCCGUGCGCCGCGUCCUCACACGGAACGUAGACUUCGGCAAGGCGCCGGACGCCAGGCGAUUUGUACGAGAUUAUAUCAGUGCUCUGAGCGCGCUGAACUCUGGCGCGAGUCUGGUGCGUCGUUUCGUGGCGGUGACGCACGGGCCGCGCGCCGCCUGCCCGCACCCGCGCGCCGCGCCCAACCUGGUGGCGGUGGCGCUCGCCGCCAUCGACGACUACUACCGCGGACAGGACCUGCCGCACCGCUGCCACGACGACGAGCACGACGUCCUCUGCUUCGCCGACAUCAUCGAGCAAAUGUGCGAGUACGAGGACUGGCUGGUGGUAGUGGGCAGCGUGCUGCAGCCGGUGCCGCUGAGUGCAGGCGCGCUGGGCUGCGCGCGGGUGAGCGCGCGGCUGGCGGCGGUGCUGCGCUCGCUGGCGCGCGACCCGCGCUGCACCGCGCACGGCAGCUUGGCGCCCGCCUGCGCCGCGCGACCCUCUCCGCCCUCCUGGCUGCGCGCCGCCGCGCCCUCCGACCCCGCGCUCGCGCUGCCCGCGCACGACCUCUGCCAGCUGUGGGGGGCUAUGAUCGAAGGCCUGUUGAACUGCUGCUGCAAGAGGAAGAACUUCCUCCAGAGCAUGAGCAAACAGCUGCCCGACUUCCUCUUGGUGGCUCUCACUGAACACCCUGCAGCGCUGGAGGCGCUGUGCCUGAUGCUGGAGUGGGAGGUGGCGUGCGGCGAGCAGACGCAGCUGGAGGUGAUCGCGGCGCUGCAGGCCACCGACCUCGGAGACAAGUGCUACAAGGAGCUCUGCGAGCGACAGCGCAAUCUGCUCAAAUUGCAAUCUGAGGGCGGGCCGCGACAGAUGGCGCUGCCGGUGCGCGCGACGGACGCGGACCUGUCGGCGCUGCUCGGCUCCGGCGCGCUCGGCAACCUCGAGUGCCUCUCGCUCGCCUUCACCGCCGUCACCAGCGCCUGCGCCAACGACCUCAUUAAGUUACCGUCGCUGCGCUACCUGAACCUGUGGGCGACGAAGUUCGGCGACAGCGGCGUGCAGCUGAUCGCGGAGCACCUGCCGCGCCUGCAGGUCCUCAACCUCUGCGAGACGCCCGUCUCCGACAAGGGGAUAGAAGCACUUAUUGGACUGCCCAGCUUGAGACGGCUGAACCUGAACAGCACGAGGCUGUCUGCGGAGGCGUUCGAGAGCAUUCGUCGCAACUUGCCGCUGCUGCAGGAGUACGACGUGCGCUACACGGAGGCGUGGUGACGUCAUCGCGCCGCCGCCGCCGCCGCUGCCGCCGCCCG